AUGAAGUUCUCCGCUGUAUCUGCUAUCGCCUGCCUGGGCAUGCUCCAGUCAGCCGCUGCCAAGGGAAUCAACUGUGACGGAAGCGCCAUCUGCGGCGACCAGAAAGGCUUUCUCGACAAAGUCUCCGACUUCAUCACCGACAAUAUCAACGGCGUUGACCCCAGCUACCACUUCUCCAACGGCGAGCAUAUUGCCUGUGCCGGCCACAUUUGCGCCUUCUUGCAAAAGACCUCCAACGGUGCUUCGGGCCAAGAGGUCAGGGACGCUAUCCUGAGGUUGAAGAACCAUGGAUGCAAGGGCUGUGGCUCGGCGCCGUUUAUUGACAAUGAUGUUGACAAGGGAGAGCUUACUGUUAACUAUGUUACGAGCACUUGUGGUGAUGGCGUAUGCAACGGGGCCCUUAACCCCAAGAAGUGA